AGCACUUCUGUGAGCGCAAGCUCCGCGCGUCUUUGGCCUUCACUUCAGACCCCUGGUUGCAUUCAGCGCAGAAAUAGAACAAACAACUACAAGAUGCAUUCCAUCUGUUUUGCUUUCAUUUUGAUCCACGCCCGGGUGGCGCCUGGGUUCAAAAUGCGUACCCACGACAAAGCAGUCAUACGGGACAGCAGAGGCGGUCUUGCAAGAGGAAAACACAAACAUAGGCGACAUGGACAUCACCACACGCACUCGAUGAAAAAACCGAGCACGACGCAAAACGUGCUUGUAGAACCAGGAUCGACCAAUGUCGUAGAGAGCCACGAAAGAACAGCCGUCGAGCAAUUACCGAUGCACGUCGAAGUUCACCAGGCCCAGCAUGCUGCUGACCCUCGGGACGUAGAAGUGAUCGAUGCGAAGAAGCAGGAGAAGAGUGACGGGAUGAAGGCGUUGACUUCUGCUUCCGCGCUGCGUUCCGAGCCGCAAACUGUAUUUCUUGAAGAGCCUGCUCAAGAAGGUAAAGAUGCAACAAGACAGCGUCACUCCUGUAACACCGGCUUGAUGUUCGCCAUCCCUGAGUCUCUCUACCCUCUGCAGUUGUAUGCCGAACACGCAAUGAGCUGGCUGGGCAAGCGGCUGCAUUUUUACAUCGAUAAUCCCGAACCGGCAAACCUUUCCGGGCCGAACGCGAUCGAACAAGCUAGUACUACGAGCUCCUCCAAGGCCUGGCUGAAGUUGCUGCAACAGAAUCGUGAACUUAAGAACUCAACCCUGGGCAGCGUGGCGGAUACCUGUCAAGCGGGCACAAAUAGCGAUACGUGUUCGGCAUUGUGCGUCGACGCAUAUCAGUCGUGUCUGGCCCGGACCUCAAGCGACAAACUGGAGGACCUCGAGUUGGUGCGCAACAAAAUUGUCAGCACGGCGAACAAUUCAAAUUCUUCUACAUCCGCAAACUCCUCUACCACGGGAUCGUCCUCGAACGCCGUGACACUUUGGUCUUCGCGGAAUGUCGACGAAGAGGCUGGUGGACCCUCAGAUUUGUCCAGCUCGUUCUCAUACCUGCAACGUUCUCAACAGGAACAACCGGGCGUGGCCGCGGCUGGAAAUGCAACAUCAGCAGGAGCUAAAGACCCUAAGUUUUAUUCAGGCAGCCCCGAUGAACUGGCUGAAGGCCAGGUGUGUAGGCUGCAUUCGCACGAGUGUUAUCUACUGCAAAAGAAGUAGAGUACAUCACGAACACGUGUCAGAUUCGAUACAAGAAACCACCUAAGUCGUGCUACUUCAAUCAAAGCGAACAACAAUAAGGAAAGGCAAACCUGUCAUGCUCUUCUGGUGUCGGUGUAGUUGAUAGUAUCUGGGCACGACACGAACAGGAACAUAGACACGAUGGUGAUACAGCUCCCCCUUGUUUUUGUUUCUGUCCGUUCAUGCAUUUGGAUUUGGAUUUGAUACGGAAAUAAAAGUAUGCGCUACUACUUUUGCACGGUACACCUGCAUGUCUAAACUGGACACCUGGAAAGCAGGAUGGAAUUGCUCCGCCGCGCUGGGGCUCUACAACGACAUUCUUCUGACAAGAGAUGUCACCCUGCAGUACGGGAUCGAGUGCACGGCAGCAGCCUCGCUGAUGGCGAUCAUGCUCGCGGUGCUCUGUUGUGGCAUGCCCUGGACCUGCCUUUGCGUCGGUUGCUGUGUGGAGCAGCACCGCCAGCGGUUCCGGCCGGAACUGGGCACCACCCGGAAGCUCACCCAACAACAGCGCCGCCUCGAAGCCGAGGGCGAAGCGGCACAGCCCCAGGACGGCACUGUAGUGGAGGGCGAAAUUGUGGAGGGGGUCGAGGAGGGGGAAAUCGAAGUUACCACGACAACGACGGACCCAAUUACCGGCGCGACGCUGCCGAAAAAGAUAAAAAUGCCCGCGAACGGCGACGUGCUCGGGCAGGAGCUCUUCAUCCGGCAGAAGGUCACAGCCUAUGAUUUUGUCGAGCUCUUGUGCGGGCUCGAGAUGGGCAACAAGUACGAGCUGUAUCCGGUGAAAGACGACAAGAAUCUCCCCAUGAUGCACAUUGACGAGCGAGGUACAAACUGGUGCCAGCGGAUCUGUUGCGGCACGAUACGAGGUUUAACGUUCGACGUUUUCUACGGGCGACCGCAGCUCGUCAUGGCCCCGGUCAUUGCACAAGCAGGUCCGGUCAUCCCCGGUCUGAACGACGAAAAAAACAGAGACGACGCAAAGAACGCCCCGGGUGUGCCGCUACUGGAGAUCAAGAAGGGGAUUAGCUGCCAAGGACUUGCCUGUCUCUGCUGUUACUGCGGGCCGCAGUGCUGCACCGCCUGCUGCCGGCCCAAGAUCCACGUACACGCCACUGAGCACGCAGUCGGGGGCAGGAGAAAAAUUGGCUACGUCCAGGACCACAACCGAUUCUGCGGGUCACGGCAGGAGGUGUACCUCGGCGCAAACGACGAUGCUGCGACGCACACCUUCACCGUGGAGGGUUCCUCCUGCCAGCUCGGCGCGCUCUGUUGUGCGGGAUUCGAGGCCAAGUACGCAAUCAAGGAGGCGGGGAGCAACAAGGAGGUCGGCUUAUUGAAGAAGGAGGCGGUGACGGGAACCCAGUUACUGCUGGAAUUCGUAGCGGACGCCCAGAUUUUUCGCGUUACCCCUCCCGACCCGGUGACCCUGGACGAAAAAGCAAUGCUGCUAGCUGCUGCGAUGAUGGUGGAACUCCAAUACUACGAGGGACAGAAUGGUGCGGCGAAUGUAGCAACCCCGGGAUUCAUGGAUUGAAGGAGAAAGAGAUUUGUUGUGUGGACUUGAUGUUUGAUUUUGAAAUGAAAUGAACCAUAUUAAUGACACAGAGGCGGGCGUCUCCAAGAGACGCACCUGGACUUGUACGAUAUGAGGAAGGGCACUGGUCUUAUCAAGAAGAUGAAGAUGCUGGCCAGGUUGAAAAUUAUGAUUGACCCAGCUAUCACGAAGAACAAUGAAUCAAGUGUCUUUGAACUCCGCGGCUCCACCACCUGUACAAUUUUGAAUCGGAAUAGUAAGUCAUGGGUGUCUAAUGUGCACCUGUUCCUGCAGCAGGAGCAGGAGCUACUCUCACUUUGCGUGG